AUGUCUACAACACAUACCCACGGUACUCGGUUUGCUGUUCGACAAGCUUCUAAACAAAACUUACCUGAUUCAUCACAACUACCACCAUCAGUUGCAUCUGAAACACCAUCAACCUUCUCAUCAUCAUCUCGGUUAAAUGUUGAAAAGAAAAAAACGGUACCAUCUCGAAAAAUAGCAAGCACAGUCAGAAAAGUAUCAAAACCACAAGAUAAGUUGGAAAAGUGCAGAUCCACAAUAGACGCAUCUGAAUUAUCUGAUUCAUCAAUAACAGCUUUUUCCACGACAAUAGACGAUAUAUCACUAUCGAAAACAAAUACAUCGAUAUUAAGUUCAAAUAACAAUGUUACAGCCAGGUCACUAUCAUCUGACAACAAUUCUGUGAUUCAAAAUUUAUCAACGACUGAAGAUGUGGGUUUGAAGAUUUCAUCGAGCUCUGAACCAAACACAAGUACAAUCAAUAUAAAUCGAAUAGUUCUCGAUUUUCAAGCAAAAUUAAAGGCAAAAGAUGCAAUAAUAAAAAAUUUGAAAAACAAAAUAGAAGAAUGCAAUAAAAUUAUUGCUAACUUACACGAAUCAUCAAUGACUAUUCCUACGGAACCACUUGUUAUUGACUGGAUUGAUCAUAUGUAUGAAUUAGUACAUAAAGAAGAAAUCCAAAGUCAAUUGAAUUUUAAGCAAUAUGCUGAUUUAUUGAAUAUAGAUGAACAAGCAUUCAAUAAUUGUAUACAGGACAAAGAUAGAAUAAAAACAGCUCGUUCAAUUGUUCGAUGUUUUUCUGGUUAUGAACAAUUAAUUGCUAUGCAAAAUGCUUGGACAUUGAUUGAUAAAGAUAAAAUAGACAUCGUUAUAGAUUUUGUUCGAAAACUAUUCGGACCUUCACUUUCAACAACAGAUAAUAUUGUACGUACAUCUUUGUCAACUAUGGUUCGUUCAGAUAGUUGGAAAGCUAGAGGCAAAAUUUAA